AAACUUAUCCAAACAGUUUUAGAUUUUGCCGGGCUUAUGCGCGGAAGUUUUAUCCUAUAUCCGGUAUGAAAUAAGUACGAUACACGGCCGCAAUUUCAAGUUCACUUUCGCGAGUGGUCCGCUUUCUUAUUUUCUCACUUUCGAAAAAAAAAAAUCGUAUUCCCCGAUAGUAAACUAGUUUUCGGAAAUUCUGGUGAGAGGUGCAGUGGUUCUGAGAACAGUGUGUGAUUAUUUGAAUGGAUUUUAAUUGACGAAUAUGUAUACGGAAGGAUAUCUGAAGGAGAAGCUGAUAAAGGAAUUGGACGCCGUUCACGUCGAAGUGACAGAUGAGAGUGACGGAUGCGGCGCCAAAUUCUCAGUGCUUAUAGUAUCUGACAAGUUCCAAGGGAAGCCUCUCCUCGCCCGCCAUAGGUUGGUCAAUUCAGUUCUCCAGGAGGAGUUGAAGACUAUCCACGCAUUCACGCAGAAGACUUUAACAGUGGAACAGUGGAAGGCACAAUCAUAAAUGUUUUAAUUCAUUAUACUAUGAUAUAAAAGUCCAGUAGUUUUUCUUCUAUCCUCUACAUUUGUCAAGUGAUCAAAAUGUUCAACGGAAUGGACAAUUUGUAUACCGUGAGCGUUUCCGCACCGGGCAAGGUGAUCCUGCAUGGGGAACAUGCCGUGGUGUACGGGAAGACGGCUGUGGCGGUCAGCCUUGGUUUAAGAAGCUCUAUUGUCAUUAAGG